AUGCUCAGCGUCCCCCGCGCUGCGCAACCACCGCCCAUGAAGAUGGCGGAGGCGGCACCUCCCUCCAAGAAGAGGAAAUCGGGGCGACCCGGAAGCAGCGAACCGGAGGAAAUCUCGAGCCGUGAGCUGCCGCCGGCGGCGGUCAUGGAGGUGCCAGAUUCCCGCACCCAACCACCACCGCCCGGAGCCGAAGGAGCAGAGGAAGGUGUCGACUACAUCAGCACACUCCCCGACGCCGUCCUCGGCGACAUCAUCUCCCUCCUCCCUACCAGGGAGGGCGCCCGCACCCAAACCCUCGCCUCCCGGUGGCGCCACCUCUGGCGCUCCGCUCCUCUCAAUCUCGACUACGACGACCUCCCAGCCGAAGGGGACCUUCUGAUUGCCCUCAUCGCCCAGAUCCUCUCCGCCCACACUGGCUCCGGCCGCCGCUUGCGCAUCUCUGCGAACCACCUCUGUCACCACCCCGCCACCGUGGAUGCAUGGCUCCGGUCCCCUGCCCUCAGCAACUUUCAAGAGCUCGAGUUCUGCCGCGCCGCUAACCAUCUACCAAUACUGCCGGCGGUGGCGGCGUCCACCUUCCGUCACUCCUCCAGCCUCUGUGUAGCCACAAUCAGCCAAUGCCGCCUCUCCGACGGCAUCUUCGAGACGCUUCACUUCCCCCAGCUCAAGCAGCUCACGCUCGAAGAGGUCAGCAUCUCGGAAGGCUCUCUGCACCGCGUCAUCGCUGGCUGCCCCGUCCUGGAAUCCAUGCUUCUUAACAGAAGCACUGGCUUCAAAUGCGUCCGGAUCUGCUCCCCGAGCCUUAGAGCCAUUGGCGUGCGUGUCAGGCCUGGACGACAACCGAAAAUCAUCAUUGAGGAUGCCCCUUAUCUUGAAAGAUUGCUCCGACUUGAUUUAGAAGAGGGAUUGGAUAUCUCAGUAAUCUCAGCGCCAAACCUGGAGAUCAUGGGCUGCCUUUCUUAUAAAAGGCCUAUUCACUUUCAGGGACUGUGUGCUGUGUUCCCAACAACGUUACACACUAUCAAGACUUUAUCUAUCUAUGUUUAUUAUAAUAGCGUCGAAACGGUUCUUAGUUUCAUGAGUUGCUUCCCCUGCUUGGAGAAGUUGUACAUUAAGCAAGAUGUUGCCCCAUACAAUAUUUCGUGGCGUCGUAAGCACAAGAGUCACAUCAGAAGCCUUGACCUCCGCCUCAAGACAGUAGUGUUGAAAAACUAUCGAGGCGUCUUGGGAGAUGUUAACUUUGCCAUGUUCUUUGUAUUGCAUGCUAAAAUGCUAGAGUUACUUAGAUUUAAGGUUCGAGGCGGCUGCAGUAACAACUUCAUUGCAAGGCAGCGGAGUUUGCUUCAGCUGGAGAAGAGGGCUUCCAGAGAUGCUCGGUUUGAAUUCACAAAUGAUACAUAUCACCGCAAACUAGAAGAUAUCAAUCAUGCGCGGGAUUUGUCUGUAGCUGAUCCUUUUGAAUGUUGACGCUGAUAUUGGGAUUGCCAUGUAGGAAUUGAUGUUGUUAUCUCAUUUGAUGUUCUAUCCAAACUUCAUAGGCAUCUUCUGUCUAUUGUUUUGAAGUUCUGGUGUCCUAGAACCUUGUGAUAUAUAUACCAACUAUGUAGCAUCGUUAGAGAAGUGUGGACAAAUUUAGUAUUUGUGCUUAGUCAAGCUAUGUUGUUGCAAAGUUUGAAUUCAUUCUGCUACUUUCAUUAUUUGUUAUGUUGCGCACCUAA